GAUCAAAGCUUUCGAUUUUGAUCUCUAGGGUUAGGGCUUGGUUUUGUUCGAUUGAUCAAUUUGUUUGUUCACUCUUCAAUUUUGUUGUGAUUUCGAUGUAAUUUUUACUGCGUGUUUGUAUCAGGUAAGAAAGCGCGUUUGGGCCUUAGGUUUUAGGAUGAAGAUGAGAUUUUGGGCAUCUAACUAAAACUGAAACAAUGGAGCACCACAAUGAGACUGGAUGCCAAGCUCCGGAGGGUCCAAUCCUCUGCAUCAACAACUGCGGCUUCUUUGCAGCCACCAUGAAUAUGUGCUCCAAGUGCCAUAAGGAUCUUGUAUUGAAGCAGGAACAUGCUAAGCUGGCGGCAUCAUCCAUCGACAGCAUUGUGAAUGGAAGUGGGAGUACCAGUGGAAAAGAGCCACUUGUUUCGGCCAGUGUUGAUGUCGCUGUUGCUUCAGUGGAGCCAAAGAUCAUUUCAGCACAGCCAUCUGAUGCUUCUGUCUCUAGCGAGAGCAGCGAACCAAAGGCGAAGGAGGGUCCAACCAGGUGCAAUGCCUGCAAGAAAAGGGUAGGCUUGACUGGCUUCAAUUGCCGGUGUGGAAAUGUAUUUUGCGCGAUGCAUCGCUAUUCGGAAAAGCAUAACUGCCCAUUUGAUUACCGGACGGCUGCUAGAGAUGCAAUUGCCAAGGCCAACCCUGUUGUCAAGGCUGAGAAGCUUGACAAGAUCUAGAGAUGAAAAAGAGAAGAUACCGAAGUCAUGAUUCAACUCUCCCUUUUCUAUCUAUGCCCUUUCUUUCUCUGUUGGCUGCUUGUUUUCAUUGGUGUCCUUUAUCCACAUAAAUGGCUGGAGGCAUGACGAUGAUGCCUUAGGGCAUCUUUGCAGUCUCGAAGAACUCGUUAUCUGGUUGAUUGGUAGAAAAGGUUUGCAUGUUCUGUCUAGUGUGUAAACUUUUUUAUUUGGUGAUGGUCUGAUGGACGGUUAUGUGUCUAUGAAUUGGUUAUCUUUGUAAUCUGCUAUCAUAGUUCAUCUCUUACACUUUAGCACCUCGAAUGGUGUGAAAAAGUGCAUUCUAUCUCUGUUA